GAGGAGGGCGAGCAGGAAGAUGCCUCGGCCCGGCCGCAACACCUACAGCGACCAGAAGCCGCCCUACUCGUACAUCUCGCUGACCGCCAUGGCCAUCCAGAGCUCGCCCGAGAAGAUGCUGCCGCUGAGCGAGAUCUACAAGUUCAUCAUGGACCGCUUCCCCUACUACCGGGAGAACACGCAGCGCUGGCAGAACAGCCUGCGCCACAACCUCUCCUUCAACGACUGCUUCAUCAAGAUCCCGCGGAGGCCCGACCAGCCGGGCAAGGGCAGCUUCUGGGCGCUGCACCCCAGCUGCGGGGACAUGUUCGAGAACGGCAGCUUCCUGAGGCGCCGCAAGCGCUUCAAGGUGCUCAAGUCGGACCACCUGGCGCCCAGCAAGCCGGCGGAGGCGGCGCAGUACCUGCAGCAGCAGGCCAAGCUCCGCCUGGGCGCGCUGGCCGCCGCGGGCACGCCCCUGCCGCAGCUGCCGGCCGCCUACCACCUGGGCGCCGGGGCGCAGCCCUCCAGCUUCAAGCACCCCUUCGCCAUCGAGAACAUCAUUGCGCGCGAGUACAAGAUGCCGGGGGGGCUGGCUUUCUCCGCCGUGCCGCCGGUACCGGCCGCCUACCCGCUCCCCAACCAGCUGACUUCCAUGGGUAGCUCGCUGGGCCCCGGCUGGCCGCACGUGUACGGCGCCGCCGGCGUGAUCGACUCGGCCACCCCCAUCUCCAUGGCCGGCGGCGACUACAGCGCCUACGGCGUGCCGCUGAAGCCGCUGUGCCACGCGGCCGGCCAGACGCUGCCCGCCAUCCCCGUGCCCAUCAAGCCCACGCCGGCCGCCGUGCCCGCGCUGCCCGCGCUGCCCGCGCCCAUCCCCGCCUUGCUCUCGCACUCGCCGCCCUCGCUCAGCCCCACGUCCUCGCAGACAGCCACCAGCCAAAGCAGCCCCGCCACCCCCAGCGAGACGCUCACCAGCCCGGCCUCCGCCUUGCACUCGGUGGCGGUGCACUGA